GUUACUUUGGAGGGGAGGGUCGUGGGGAUGUUCGAAAAGAGGCGUCGGAGAAAGCCCAAAAGCGAUUUGUGGGAGAGUCGGGAAACGAGUGGCUAUAUCAUUCCAUCCAGCAUAUUGAAGAAACAUAUUCCGACAUACCUAGAACGACUCCGACGGCAAACUUAUACACAUUUUCUUUGCAAACUUUGAUCCCAUAUUGCAAGUUCUAGUUCAGCAUCAGCAAGAGUCGCGGAUUGCCCUAACGGAGAACAUAGCACUCGGGCUAUCAGACCUGGCAAUAACCAUGGCGAUCUUUCCGACCUUCCCAGAUCUCAGUGGCAAGGUCGCCUUAAUCAUGGGCAUCGGCCAAACCCAAAUUCCCGACUCCAAGAUCUGGGGAAAUGGAGCUGCCAUUGCCCGGGCAUUAUGUGCAAAUGGGGUCCUCGUAUUCGGAUGCGAUAUCAGCCUUUCUGCUGCGGAAUUCACAGCUUCCCGCCUGCAUGCUGAAGGAGGAACCUGUGAUGUUAUGACCGCGAAUGUAACCUCCAUCUCAGAUGUCCAGAAGGUGGUUGACGCAGUCAUGGCAAAAUAUGGCCGAAUAGACAUCCUGAUCAACAACGUGGGAAUGACGGCGCCGGGGAGCCCAUCGACAAUGAAAGAGGAAGUCUGGGACGCGCAGAUCGACCUGAACCUGAAAAGUGUGUAUCUUGGGUGCCAUAUUGUUCUCCCCAUCAUGGAGAAGCAAGGCUCCGGCGUCGUUAUCAACAACGCAUCGAUAGCCGGAGUCUCGUACAUUGGAAAACAUCAAAUCGCGUACGCAUCUGCUAAGGCUGCGAUAAUACACUUUACGAGAGUGACAGCAGUCAUGUACGCGCCGAAGGGGAUUAGGAUGAAUUGUGUAGUUCCAGGGCUAAUGUACACGCCACUCGUCGAGAACCUAGGGAAGAGCAAUAGGGAAGAGGAUAGGGAAGUGUUCAGGAAGAUUACCCAGCAUAACGUGCCGUUAGGCAGGAUGGGGGAGGCGGAGGAUGUUGCCAAUACAGCGCUGUUCUUGGCUAGUCAAGCUGCGAAGUAUAUCACUGGCCAGCCACUGAUUGUGGAUGGUGGAAUUACGAGCCAGACGGGGACGGGGAUGUAGAAAGAAGGAAGGGUAGCACUGGGCAAGUGAAAAUUUGGAAUACGGUCCUAUUAAUCAACCUAGUCUUGCAAUUGGAUUGUAUUGCCUAGUAACGUCAAUCCUCUCGUCGCGAAACGCACGGUAUAGCGAAACGGAUUUGCUUUUAAGAUAUCUUAAGGCCUUUCCCCGCGAAGAUAUAGAGCUAUGAUUAAUAUUCAAUAUUCUG